UUUAUUAAAAUGGCCGCCAAGUGUUUUUAAAAAAAUCUAUAUUUGCGUCAUUAUAGACAACUGCCCAUUAAUAGUUAAAAAAAACUUCUUACAGAAUUUAUAGAUAUAUUUAAUGAAUAGAUAUAAUAACAAAUAUAGUUUUGAUUUCAAUCAUGGCAUGGUCAAUGCCGACUACAGGCCAAUGGAAUCCUAACAUUGGUGUGACGCCAGAUAUGAAUAUGGGAACAUAUUCGGCUGAACAAUGGGCGCUAUUGCAACAACAAAAUUGGCAGCAAUGGGCGCAAUGGCAACAACAAUACGCUCAAUGGCAAAGUCAAUAUGGAGAUAAGUAUGCCCAGCAAAUGCAGGCAUUUCAAGCUAUGGCUGGUGCUCCACCUGUUCCACCCCCUUCUGCACCUCCACCAGCGCCACCUCCACCAGACAAGCCACCUCCACCGCCACAUGAGAAUGAUCAACCAUUAUAUGGAAACACUCAGAAACAGGAUACAUCUGUUCCACCUCCGGUACAAUCUCACAACAGUGCGCAACCUGGCUACAACAAUACUGCCAUCACAACAGGUAACAAUCUAAAUUGGUUCUAUGCAGCAAAUGUCAAACCUGAUACUCAACAGUCCCAGUCAGUUAACACUGAGGCUCUUAACAAGCUGGCAGAGGAGGAGAGAUUAUUCGAUAUUCAAUUUAAGAAAUGGGAAGAGGAAAUUGAAAAAUGGCGAAAUGAGAAUGUUAAUCAUCCUGAUAAACAAGCAUAUAAAGAAUAUGAACAAAAGUUUGAAGCUUGCCGUGUACAACUUUUAGAACGCCGUCAACAAAUGAAGUUAAAGAGGGCUCGCCUAAUGGGCAAUACAUCCCAAGUGACAAACACUUCAAGUACAGGUAAUAUAUCUACUGCUAUUCCUCCUCCAAUGUUGAAUACAAAUAUAACAAAUUAUCCUCAAAAUGUGCAUCCAAACAAACAAAUUCAAAAUAAUAUACCUGCACAUAGUCACACACUCCAGAAUAUACCCCAAUACCAGCAGUUUAACUAUAUUAAUCAACAAGGUUACAAUAGGAACAAUAGCAAAAAUGUAGAUCCACAAGAUAGGUAUGAAUCUUAUCAACCUAUGAAUGAUGAGUAUACUUCUCAAUCUGGCAAUUCAAACUUUUUACCAACUAAUCAAUCUAAGGGAAUACCAGGACUAGACUUAGUACCAGAGCUUGAUAAAUCUUCUAGUAAACAGCAAGAUGUAAUUGAUAUAACUGAAGAUAAUUCUGAAAAGAAACAUCUACAACAAAAGCCUAGACAACCUGAUUAUUCAACUAUUUCUAAGGGUAUUAAUAACAUUCUUGGAGAUGAAAAAAUUAUGAAUAUUCUAUCUAUGGUAACAAACCAAAUUACUUCGGGAAAAAGUAAUGUCACACAAAAUGCACUUGAACAGUAUAGAUUAAAUGAGAAAAGUCACUAUAACAGCAACUAUCAAAAUAAUGAUUAUGGUUCUAGGCAAGAUACAUCAUACAAGCAAAAUAACCAGAAUAGCUAUUCAAACAACCAAGAACAAUCAAAUUCUGAUUAUACUGAACCUCCCUAUCAGAGAUAUGAGGAAAAUUAUGCUAUAGAAAAUUAUAGGCAGAACGAUCCAUCAAAAGAACAAUACUAUGUCGGGCAUAAUAAAAACAUGCCGCCAAGGAGUGCCCCACCUCCAAUAAGAUCUAACACAGCUCCACCUAGACCUUUGUUAGCUAACUUGCCAUCUCAGCAAAAUUCUAAUGAUUAUUCUCAAGGUGGAUUUGAAAGAAGGGACAUACACAAUAACAAUAAACCUUUAAUACAACCAGCGAAACCAAAGUGGAUAGAUGAACCACUGUUUACUCCAUCUAUCAUAGUUGACUAUGAGCACAAAUGUCUAAGAUUGAAAGCUCGAGGAUUUAUUGAACCAGUACAUAUGUUUGAUUACAAUCACAAAUCAAAAGAUGGCGAAAGUAGCAUGAAAAAAGAUUUUGAAAAAGAAAUUGAUGAUUUAUUUUCAAGAAAAGCGCGCACCUCAGGUAUUAAUGACGAUUGGAAUAAUUCUCUAAAACAUAAUGAUAGACGACCUCUUAGGGAUGAAAGGGAUCGGUCAAAACUACCAGUCAGAGAUGACCACGAUAUUUUUAAUAGAAGGUCGGAUAAUCCUUAUGAAGAACGUAGACGUGAUGAUCGUGAUCGCUUUUUACGUGAAGAUUAUGAACGGAGAGACCGUGUCCCAGAAUAUGACCGAUCAAGAGAUCCUGGCAGGGAAAGAGAUUACGGAAGGGAUAGAGAUUUUGGAAGAGAAAGAGAGAGAGAAAGAGAGUCGUUAAGAGAGAAAGAUCAACUUAGAGAAAGAGACUUAGGUAGAGACAGAGAUUUUGGUAGAGAUCGAGAUAGAGACAGAGAACGAGAUAGGAAUAUAGGUAAAGAAAGAGAUAUGGGGCGAGACAGGGAUCCAGGCAGAGAAAGAGAUUUUGGUAGAAACAGAGAUUUUAGAAAAGAUGACUCUCGAAAUCGUAGCCGAAGUCGGGAAAGGGACAGCCGAAAAAGAGAACAUAGUAAAGAUUCGGUUGAUAGUUCGGGGUCAAAAAAACCUAGAGAAUUGAAAGAAACUUCUACAGCUGUCCAAUCUGGUAAACCUCAACAUAUAGUAAUGAUUGAUGAUAUCUUAGAACCACCUGGACGUGACAUGAGACCAGAAAAGAUAGUUAUUAUUCUUAGAGGUCCACCUGGUAGUGGUAAAUCGUAUUUAGCGAAACUAAUCAGAGACAAAGAAGCAGAGCACGGCGGAACAGUUAGGAUAAUGUCAAUAGAUGACUAUUUUAUGCAGGAAGGUGAAAUAGAAGAAAAAGAUCCGACUACCGGGAAAAUUGUAAAAAAACCAUCUUUGAAGUAUGAGUAUGAUGAAAAAUCUGAAGAAAUUUAUCUAAACUCAUUGAAGAGGGCUUUCAAGAGGAGUUUAACAGAUGGCUACUUCACAUUUUUGAUAUACGACUCUGUAAACGAACAACUAAAGAGUUACGCCGAUAUAUGGAAUUUUUCAAGGCAGAAUGGAUUCCAGGUCUACAUUUGUACCAUGGAUCUCGACCCGCAAACUUGCUUCAAACGAAACAUUCAUGGCAGAUCAUUAGAGGAUAUUGAAUCGAUCGUUGCUAAGUUCUUCCCAACUCCUGCGCACCACAUACAUUUAGAUGCGACGACUUUGCUCCAGAGCGCUUCCAUACCUGACGUGCAAAUGGAAGACGCAGACGACGUAACCAUGGAAGACGCACACGACACUGAGGUCGAAAGUAGCUUUACUUCGAAGUGGGAGAAAGUGGACGACGCCGCGCAACUAGCUCGUCUCGACGGCACCAGCAAGCCGCUUCGAUCUUCCCAGCUCUCAAUGGAAGACUACCUACAGCUAGACGACUGGACGCCUAAUACAGCUAAACCUGGAAAGAAAACUGUACUCAUCACGGUACAAUGACGUGUCGGUAAGAGUUUUUAAAUAAUCCUUGGUAGAUAUCCGGUCCGGUCCAUUUAUGCAACGAAAAGUAAAGGUAUACAAAUUAAAAAUAUUAAAGAAUAUUGUUUUAAAGUCAAUAUUUAGUAUUAGUUAUUAUAUAAUCACUUGUAAUAUUUGUGUAAAUAUAUCUUUUAGAAAAUAGAUCGAACAAGAGCUUCUGAUGGUAACAGUCUAGUCACACGCUGUUCAUUAUAUGUUUUUGUCUACUUCAUAACAUUUUCCAAAGUAGAUCAGCGCAUCUUUCUUGUGUGCAUUAAUUUAUGUAAGUAAGUAAGUAUUGUCUUUGUACGGUUACUAUAUAUUGAUUUCUUUCCUCCAUGAUUUAUGUCAGAUCUACGAGCAUGAAAAAGGCUUUAAUUAUCUGGAAUACGUGUUCAGUAAGUAUAUUAGCAUGGCAUCCAAUUUCGAAAUUGCAUACAUGUGCUUUAUUUUUGGUAAGUUAAAUAAAAUAUUGUGGGUGAGUGAGUUGGUGCUGGAUGCAGCAUUUUUUUGUUUUGCUAAUGUAUAGUAGAAUUUUUGAUUUUCAUACCCAUCAUCCCUUUUUCGUGGUCUUCUGAUCCGUGAGUAACAAGCUACCGUAGCGUUUGAAUAACGCCUCGUAGACAAAACAUAUUUUCAUAAAUAGAACGAAUAAUUUCUUGAAUAUAGUAACUAAGCAUUCAUUUUAACUACAAUGCUAUAUUCCUUGAUCACCACAAUCAUAAUAAACUUACAAAAGAUACAAAUCAUAAUCAUUCAUUUGGUUUCACAAUCAAAGUUUUCUUGUAAUUAAAUGUCGUAUUGGGAAUAAGGGUUCAGUUUCAGAGUCGUCACCCACGCCAUAAUCACCAACAUUGAUACGCAUCCACGGAACUUAGAAUAGUUGUUACAGUUUAUUCUUGUUACAAGUUUUAAUAUAAUUUAUUACAAGUUUUAAUAUAAAAGAACACUCAUUACACAUUGUUUAUGUAUAGUAAAUAAGCAAACGGGUUAUGUGUUUGAUUUUUUCUUGCAAUAACUUUGUGUAAGCCUUUACACAAAGUGCAUCUACGCUUGUCUUUAGAUGCCUGAAAAGUAUCCUAAGUCCUUACUGCUUUUUGUUUUGAUGCUCCUGGUAAACCUCCAGAAUUCUAACGGGAAUUCAGUAUUGUUAUCGAGGAGUAAGAUUAAGCAUUUUUAAAUUAAAAAAUACUGCAAAUUUUUCAUUUACUUAAAGACUACCUUUUGAUAACUUGUAAUUUUUAAGAAUAUAUCCAAUUAUUUUAUAAAAAUAGUAAUUUUCUAAUCUUAAUAUAUAUAUGAAAAUGGCAAUUUUAUUUUAGACAGUACGCCAAAGGGUUUGUGAAUAGAGUUUAUGCCAGAUACCCGUACAAUAAUAAUUAUGUAUUAAGACAUAAUCGAGAUUAAAGGCUUAGACAAUAAAACAUUAAUUUUGCGGUAAAUGAUACCUGGAUUUGAAAUACAAAAAAUAUUGUGAUACCAUUGAUCUGAACGUGGAAAUCUUGUGUGACUGUGACUUUAUUUUCCAUUUAUAUUCUACAGGUACAAAGGUCACAACUAAGGAUUUUUACUUAUUGGGUAUUGACAAAACUGCGGAUGUUUACGGUAAGUGUAUUAGCCUUUUUGAGCUGGUUUGAUAGUUAACAUUUAUGGUGCUUUUUUACUAUUGUUCGACUUACUAUUGCUUAAACACGGAAUGU